UGGUGUCAGUGGAGCAGGGACGAGUCCCAGCCACUGCAGACAGCCCCGGCGAGCGCGGCAGCCCGGGUGGGGUUUGCAGGGCACAGGAAGGGGCUGUAACAGCUGGGAGCGGUGGGUGCCGGGAGGAAGGAGGCAGGAGCCGGGAGAACAAAGAACCGAGAGCAUCAGACCCCGCGCAACUCCUGAAAGACCAGACGCUGCUGCCUCCAUCGUGACCUGGGAGCUGAGCAGUUGCUGCUUCCCCAGCGGGGUCUGUGCUGGGGAGAGCCCGUCAUUAACCCCUCCGUGGCCGGCCGGGGGGGACCUUCUCCGGCUAGAAACCGCCCCGGACUCUGCUGACGGCUGCAGAAUGACACCCACAUCUCGCUCCAGCUCAUCCCAGCCUCCCAAGGAACAGGGGAGAGGAAGGGCUGCAGUGGAGCCAGCUCAGGGGCUGGUGACCUUCGAGGAGGUGGCUGUGUAUUUCACCAAGGGGGAAUGGGCUCUGCUGGACCCCGCUCAGAGAGUCCUCUACAGAGAUGUCAUGCAGGAGAACUAUGAGAAUGUGACCUCGCUGGGUGAUGACUUUCUCCAGCUGGUACAGCCCCAAAGGGAGCCCCCGGCCCUGUUAAUACUAAAUUGUGAGCCACACACUCCAGGCUGCAGAAUGACAUCCAUGUUUUGCUCCAGCUCAUCCCAUCCUCCCAUGGGGUGGGGGAGAAAAAUGGCUGCAGUGGAGCCAGCUCAGGGGCUGACCUUCGAGGAGGUGGCUGUGUAUUUCACCAGGGAAGAGGGGGCUCUGCUGGACCCUGCUCAGAGAGCCCUCUACAGAGAUGUCAUGCAGGAGAACUAUAAGAAUGUGACCUCGCUGGGGUUUCAAGUUUCCCAACCUCAAGUGAUCUCCCAGCUGGAACAAGGGGAAGAGCCAUGGGUCCCAGACCUCCAGGGUUCUGAGAAAGAAGUGCUUCCGAGAGCUGCCUGCACAGCAGGUGAUGCAAUGGUAUGUGAGAAAGAGAAGCAGAAUUCUCAUCAAGAAAAUGUUGAGCAAAUGGAUAAACACAGAGAUUUAUCAGAAAGAUUGAAAAGGAAUGUGUCCAGGAGUCAUGAUCAGGGAAAAUCCUGUGAGAUUCAGCACAGACCAGAAAGAGAGCAGGGAAACCAGCUGGGGGAGAAAGUGGGUAAAUUUAUUUCCUGUCAGGGAACUCACAAGGACCUAAAGGAAACCACAACACAGCAGGAAGUCCUCAGGGGGAAGAGGAAAAAUACAUGCACUGAGUGUGGGAAAAACUUCACUUUCAGAUCAGGCCUUUCUGAUCAUCAGAGAAUCCACACAGGUGAGAGGCCGUAUGAAUGCAGUGAGUGUGGGAAAAGGUUCACUCAAAGAUCAGGCCUUUUUCAACAUCAGAGAAUCCACACAGGAGAGAGGCCCUUCAAAUGCACUGAGUGUGGGAAAAGCUUCACUCAAAGAUCAGCCCUUUCUGAACAUCAGAGAAUCCACAGAGGGGAGAGGCCCUAUGAAUGCACUGAGUGUGGGAAAAGCUUCACUCAAAGAUCAGCCCUUUUUACACAUCAGAGAAUCCACACAGGUGAGAGGCCCUACGAAUGCAGUGAGUGUGGGAAAAGCUUCACUCAAAGAUCAGCCCUUUCUGAACAUCAGAGAAUCCACACAGAGGAGAGGCCCUACGAAUGCAGUGAGUGUGGGAAAACCUUCACUCACAGAUCAGGCCUUUUUCACCAUCAGAGAAUCCACACAGGGGAGAGGCCCUACGAAUGCAGUGAGUGUGGGAAAAGCUUCACUCAAAGAUCAGCCCUUUCUGAACAUCAGAGAAUCCACACAGAGGAGAGGCCCUACAAAUGCAGUGAGUGUGGGAAAAGCUUCACUCAAACAUCGUCCCUUUUUCAACAUCAGAGAAUCCACACAGGGGAGAGGCCCUACAAAUGCAGUGAGUGUGGGAAAAGCUUCACUCAAAGAUCAGGCCUUUUUGAACAUCAGAGAAUCCACACAGGGGAGAGGCCCUACGAAUGCAGUGAGUGUGGGAAAAGCUUCACUCAAAGAUCAGGCCUUUUUGAACAUCAGAGAAUCCACACAGGGAAGAGACCCUACAAAUGCAGUGAGUGUGGGAAAACCUUUACUCACAGAUCAGGCCUUUUUCACCAUCAGAGGAUCCACACAGGGGAGAAGCCCUACGAAUGCAGUGAGUGUGGGAAAAGCUUCACUCAAAGAUCAACACUUUCUGAACAUCAGAGAAUCCACACAGGAGAGAGGCCCUACGAAUGCAGUGAGUGUGGGAAUACCUACUCUUGGCACUCAGCCCAUGUUAGGCAUCAGAGAAUCUGCAAGGGAGAUCAACACCAUAAAAACCUCUAGGGCUAUCGAUACUUUUUUCUUUAAUAAUUUUCCUGAUUCCCACAUAGUAACUUUUAAAGCUGUUUGAACUGUUUGCAGCACACUUAUUCCUCAGCUUGCCAAGAUGAGUGGCCCAUUUUUGCCUUUUGCAGUUCACCCUCUUUUGAGUUGGACCUAUUUGUCUUUUCUCUUGUCCCAUGAGUAAUUUGUGUGCCCUUCCUAGCAGGAAGCAGGGAGCAUCACAUUUAUACCAUUCCUCCUAUUGCAAAGUUAUUGUUAGUUACCAAUGAUACAGAUUGUAUCAUUGCCAAUUGUUUUCAUGUUGCUCUGGGUUUUGCUGAAGAGAAGUUAUAUUGGGAACUUUUCAAAUUAUAUGUAAAUGAAGAGGAGCAGAGGCAGAAAAAAAAGUGUCAUUUCAGCAUCUGUGACACUGGAAGGAGAUGGGGUGACUCAGUUCUGGAGUGAUGUGGAAAGAGGGAAUCUCUGUUACAUUUUGUCUGAACCAGGCAGAGUUUAUCUUCAUCACAUUCCAUCCAUCCACUUCAGAAAGUGUCAUGUGAUGAAGCAUUCUCCAUUGUCUGUGCUUGAAGAUGAUGCUUUGACUUUUUUAAUCCUAUAUCAGAGUCGCUAUGACUGGAGAUGAAAGUGUCAAAGACCUGGAAGGGGAAUUCAAAUGGAUCCCAAACACAGUGUGAUCAUUUGGUGUUUAAAUCCCAGGUUCCAUUUUUGGUAAAGCCACUUCUGGCAAGGUGGCUGUUUUCCCCCUCAUGCAGAUGCUAGGAUUCUAAACAUUUUGUAAAUAACAUCACUCAGCACUGUCUCAAUAGUCAGUGAUGAGUGAAGUAUGUUUGAAUGGAUCAGAGGAAAAUGUGAUGGGAGAAUCUCUUGUUCUGAUUCUGAAUAAUCAGAUGUAACCUGCUCUUGAAUUUCACUUGACACUUUCAUUGUCAUGUAUUCUGUCUCUCUGUGAUGUGGGUUUCUAUCUUUUCUGAAGGCUGUUUGGUCACCCAAUUGGAUAUUAGUUCAGUGUGACAGGAUGUAGCUCGGAUUUAUUGGAGAAUUUAAGAGAAAUGACUAUUUGCUAAAGUCAUCAUUUCUCACUUCAGCUUUGCUUUAUCCCCAUCCCUCCACGAUGACAUGGAGAAAGUUCAAGUGCACUUCUGUAAACAGGAGAGAAAUCUCCAAUUUAUUGGACAUGCUAACAAAGAAACAGCAGUGAUUUAAAAUCUCCACUUGGAAAUGGUGAACAACAACAGAGCCCAACUAACUAAAGGAAGUGCAUAUGAUCACAGUGUUGAAGUCGAUAUUGUCUCAGAUGAUCUAGGGAGAGAAUUCCACGGUAAGUGGAUUUGAACUAGGCAAAAUGCCCAUGUAUUUCAUUCCCAAUGCAUUUGUAACCCAGGCCCCACAGAAGAUCUCUCCUAGCUAAUCCUAUGCUAUGGGAGAUGCUGCCCUUCAUGACGCAGAUAUUGAGGAAAUAGAAGUGGGGUUUUUGUUGAAGUUAUCCUUUGUAGGUGCUAAAAAUGUGUAUAAAAUGAAAUUAGUGUUGGAAAUCUAAAAUAGCUGCAAAAAAUAGCUAUUUUUGAAUAGAAACUCCAGCUCUGUUAACUAACAGAGACUCUGAUCCAUACCUGUAUCCAGGCCCUUGCCUGGAACUGUGCCACCAAAUUAAAUUAAAACUCGGCAUGUUUUUGGAAGCCAUUCCUUACCAACACUGCUGAGAUUUGGAGUGGUUUUGUAAAGGAUUCUACUUCAGAGAAGUGUAAAUUUACCCUAACCAAGACCAAGGAUUUGGAAAGAACUGGGGUUGAAAGAGUCCACACCCAGUUCUUGGUUUCCACCUCAGUAAAGGAAGCUAUGGUGACCAAUGACCCAAAGAAAAUUGUUUGUACAACUCCACUUACUAGUGUCACUGAUUACAGUUCCAAAAUUUGCCAGGGUUAGACUGAGAACAAUCAUCCUUCACCGUUUGGAUGAAAAGAGAGAGUGCUUCAUAGGACAUUCCUUCCCCGUGGAUCCCAACCUUGCUGCCUGAUUGGGUAAUAAGGACUUUUAGCCUGUAGAAAUGAUGGUAAUCAAUGAGGCAAUGGAUGUGUCAGGCUUCAAUUUCAGACUUCCGGAUAUAUGCAUGUUGAAUCCUGAUUCUAUGUUUUUGUGUCUGACGCUCUGGCUACACAAUAAAGCUGACGUUGGCGCAGCUGCACCAAUGUAGCUGUGCUGCUGUAGCACUGCUAUUACAGAUGCUCUCAGCCAAUGGGAGAGAUCUCUUCCAUCGGACUUUAUUAGUCCAGCCCCCACAAGCGGUGGUGGCUAUGUUGGCAGGAGACGCUCUCCUGCUGAUGUAACACUAUCUACACAGGGAGUUAGGGCUGUGUAACUAUUUUGCUAAACUGUGUGGAUUUUUCACACCCCCGAGCAAUAUAGUUAUACUGAUCAAUGUCUUUAGUUUUCUCUUGUGUUUUAUGCAUUUACAUCACUUCUCCUCUACCUCCUCCUACUUUGAAAGAUUAAAAAGUGUGAAAAGAGAGGUAUUUUUCCUCAUGAUGCAAACAUUCCCACAUAGGAGACCCCUUCCACCAACACACAUGGCAGAAGAACUAAAAAUAUAUGAACCCACAGAAGUGGUUGGGACCUACGUUGGGACAAACCACAACUUGAGCCAAGGUUCAGUUGUUGGCAAAGGGGAUUAAAAGAAAACUAAUAUAUAUGACAAGAAUUUGAGAUCUUUGAAUAUGUUAGUGUUACUGGUGA